AUGAUAAAAUCAUCAUCUAUUAGAAUGAAUAUAACAAAUGUACAACGAUUAGCAAAAAUUGAAUCAACAUUUGAAAAUGAUAAACAACAAAGUGAAGAAACAAAAAAAAAACGUUUAGCUGAUUAUGCAGCAAAAAAAGCUAAAAAAGAACAGGUUAUUGUUCAAAGUAUAAUUAUGUUAGAUGUUAAACUUCGGGAUGAUGAAACUGAUCUUAAUGCUAUGGAACAAUCUGUAAGAUCAAUUGAAGCUGAUGAUCUCGUCUGGGGAUAA